CUUCCAGUUCCUGUCGCUGAAGAGCCUGCAGCCUCCGCCACAGGGAACAGCGGAAUAAGUCUUUUCAUUCUUCACUCUGCUUUCCGAUACAUUUCUCUUUCCAUCCGACAAGUUGCUCUAAAUAUAUAAAAGGUCGUUUUUUUCAGUUGGAUAACGGAGACCAGAGCAAAUGGAGACGAUCUGAAGGAAACCCGAUGGGCACUGAUCAGACCUCUGUCCAUCACUUUCCUUUAAUACACUAAGUGGUACUUGUGAAUGUUCCACGUGCGCGUUACAGUCUCAACAGCGCGCGAGCGACUCCGUGCCAAUGUGACCGAGUCCGGCAGUAACUCGUGGGAAGCAGUACACACAUUACACUGGAUCAUUUGCCUGGGAUUUUCAGCAUGGCAUACCCUCAGGGCUACUUGUACCAGGCGUCCACCCCUCUGGCUCUCUACUCGUGUCCUUCAUACGGCUCGAGCGCGUUGGCGGCGCAGCGCGCGGAUGAGCUGAGCAGAGGGAACUCCAACUCCUCCGGCUCUGCGUUCGCGCCGUACGCGGGAUCUACAGCCUUCACCAGCCAGACUCCAGCCUUCAGCUCGCUGCAGUACGGCUCCGAGCCCGCAUCCGCACCACAGUUCUCCUCGUUCGUGGGUUCCCCGUAUGAGCCAUCCCCCGGGCUGGCCGCCUCUCUUGGGUACGCGCACCCUUACGGAGCGCCCCUAGGCGCGUUCCCCCUCGGAGACCCCGCGUACCGGAAGAACGCCACGCGGGACGCCACUGCAACGCUUAAGGCCUGGCUCAGCGAGCACAGGAAAAACCCGUACCCCACCAAAGGGGAAAAAAUCAUGCUGGCCAUCAUCACUAAAAUGACCCUCACCCAAGUGUCCACCUGGUUCGCCAACGCGCGCAGGAGACUGAAGAAGGAGAACAAGAUGACGUGGACCCCGAGGAACAGGAGCGAGGACGAAGAUGAAGAAGAUAAUAUCGAUUUGGAAAAAAAUGAUGAUGAAGAUGAGCCGAUCAAAGCUUCCGAGAUGGCAGAGUCUACCAAAGAAUUAGGCCUUCCCGUUAGUCCAAGACUAAUGGCGACAGAGAAGCACACAGAGCACACAGAUGAUGAAGCGGAUCGUGUUAUUGACAGCUCCGCUCGGAGAGACGCUGAGCCUCGGCCUGGGUGCGACUCUUCAUCACCCACGACCUCGUCUCGACAAAGCGGUCCGGAGAGAGUCGGACCAGAGACGCCUGCAGAUCAGAGAGACACUCCGAGCGCAGUGAAGCCCUCCGGAGAGAGCGGCCUUGGCACAUCUGUCAUUCAUUCCACGACGCCGGCUCCCAAGCCCAAACUGUGGUCUCUGGCCGAGAUCGCCACGUCGGAUAAGCCAGGUGGGGAGAGGCUCCAAACAUGCGGAGCCGCUCAGAGUCCGGUCAUCAUCAGCACGGGCACGUUCUCGCCCUCCAGGUCGCCCACAAGGGGUCCUCUCCUACCCAGGCACUUCUACUACGCUUCUGCUUUUUAUCCCGCUUUCACGAACUACAGCGCGCUCGGGCCGCCGGGCCGCGCCUCCAGCUCCGGAUUAAGCGAAGCGGCGCUGCACAGAGCAAGCAGAGGAAACACACCGGCCGACAUGUGCAAAGAGCUGGCACAGGGGGAGCCGCACUCCAAGCGUUAAACACCCCUUCAUCGGUUUUAUACCGUGUGUUUAUCCUCUCUGGGAUGAGAAACUGGAUUUUCUUUAGAUAAGAGUGCUAAUGAAGAGAAAAUCGGGGGUUGACGAUUAUGCCCAAUUAUGACGGCACAUCUUGAAGCUUUUUUGUAUUCGAAAGGGAGUUUUAUGACAUGUAAUGUUUGAAUUACUAUAAAGUAAAAAUAUUGCUUCUUUGCUAAUCCAUCCACGUGAAGGCAGAGCGGCGCAAAAAGGCCAAAGUUAAUUCACUAUUUCACAUUUCUAUAGUUCACUCAUUUUUUUUGUUUAAAUAACUUCUGGAUAUUCAUGCGGUAAAUGCCCAUGUAUCAUUCGUUAAACUGAAUUUUUAAAAUAAUCUUAAAUCACCACAUCACAAUUUUAAGCAAACGUUUAGCCUAGGUUUCUGUUCUGAUCGGCAUUAUAAUUUCGUUUAAGGCUAUUUUAAUCAUCAAUGCUGGCAAUCGAGUGGAAUGAUCGUUUAAGUAAAUGUUUUUUUUUUCUCACAAUUUUACCAUUUAAUAAUAUAACAGAUUUUGUGUGGCCAAUAAAUUAUAUAUUGUUUGAUUUUACUUUCCCUGACAGUGUUAACAGUUCAUGGUGUGGAUAGAGAUGUUGUUGAUUUACCAGGGAAAGGUUAACUGUACAUAUCCAGAAAGCUUUCAUGGAGGGUUUCUAUUUCUUUUUGCCAUCAGCAAGAUGAGAUUAACACCUGGACUAAGUUACAGUGGAGAAACAUGAGCACUGAUAUUUUUUGCUGUCGGUUAUUGAAACUCAUACUGGAUGUUUAGCAUGAAAUUCUGAACCUCAUCUGUCACCCAAUAUCAAAACAAAAUCGUCUUUUCAUAGUGAAUUUUUUUCAGGAAAUAUACAUAUUUCAGCACUGUAAGUGUUAGUCUAUUAUCACAUUCUUCAAAGACUGUUUAUAUGUUUUCGAUUUGCUUUUAGGCAAAACACAGGGUAACUUUAAAACUGUGUUCCUGUUCAUAAUUUUAUAGAUAAAGCAAGGGUUUUAAUACAGAGUGCAAAUUUAUAAUUGAGAGA